CGAAAGCAUACCUAUUAAACCACUACUGGACUGCUGUUCUUGAACAAACCAUGUCGGUGUAACCCUUCAAACGUACAGUAUACAGGGGACACGAGUUAGAGAGCACAAAUCUCCAUGGUACGUAAGGGAACUGCCGGUGUAGGAGCACCUGUAGUAUUGCGUAUAAUAGUCGCCGUAUCAGGCACCUUGGUAGUCACACUGGCUCUCAAAUUACGACUGUUUGCAUCCAAUCAGAAUGAGGUUGAUAGAGAAGACCCGCACUUGCUUCGCGCAGGAUAUGACGGUGUUGCGGUGCAUCGAUCAAAGUAUGCAAAUGGGUUUGCUUAUAACGAGAAUGGUGUGCUGGUCGAAUCCGUAGGAAUCACGGAGCACAGCCGUACCUUUUGGGGUGACACAGAGGGCGAUGUUCUAACCGAGGUUACAAUAAAAGAUCUACUUAUUGAACAGGGUCAAACAUUGCCCACGUUUUGGUACGAUGAUUAUGUCUCAGAUCGCCUGAUCUGCGACCUGACGCAUGCGGAAGGGGAUCUUAACGUAUCGAGCAAAGAAGAGCUAAUCGAACAGCUAGAUGAGAUGGACAGGAAGGACGACAAUAUGCGACUACCAAGCAUGCAGGUCAAGACUAUCAAUCAGACAGGUGUUGGUUCUACAUUAAACACAUCCACGAGAAAAUGGUUGAAACACCAACUAAUGCAAGGCCCCUACAUGGUCCCCUUUCCUGCGAACUAUACGACGUACGUGCCCGCUUUGCAACAAAACCUCGGAGUGUGCAGCUUUUCUACUGGAGCGUACCUUCUACCUCAGAAAGGCAAUGUUAGGCACAAGGCCCACCUACAUAUGCUGGCGUGGCUACGGAGUAUAGGAAUAUUAUACAGCAUUGAGGAUGGCUCAGCCAUUGGCGUCGUUCGACACGGUGGCCUGAUACCAGGGGAUAAGGACAUGGACCUACAAAUCUCCAUGUGGGAUAACCGCAGGCUGUUGGAGAAACUGGGGUGCUACUCCUUGGCGGCUGUCAGGAUACACGAUCUGCCGCGAUCGUCACGGCGAGCUAUUGAAGAACAGUGCAAAUGCGAGUGCCGCCCGUCUAUGCAGUGGACCAGAGAUGAACUCGAUCAGUACACCAAGGUAGUCCAGAUAGAUUGUGGAUGUAUUGCUGACGCUCAACUGCUGGACAACGCCGAAAAGGGCUAUGACGCGCUGGCGUGUGAGAUCUCCAAGGGCAAGCAUCGCAAAACAAAGCUGAAGACACUGUGCCAAUGCAUGUGCCCUAAGCGCAUGUUGCAGAUAUCUACACUUCAACAGUUGCUCAGCAAGCACAAGGAUAAAGAAGCUGAUUACCUACAUGUUAGUCUCAAGGGACAAAGUAGGCUUGCCAGUGAGCAUCAGCAUCAAGCAGGAUACCUUGAAGAAAUUCGCACUCAUCAAGUGGGGCCUCAUGAGCUUGGUAUGUGUACUAAGGAUAUGAUCCAUCGACUACACCACCAGUAUGGCAACUUCUUUCUACCACUAGCGCCUUGGGCGGAGGAGGAUGUGAAUAGGUGA